AUGAGCAUAAGCAAAGUUACAUUCAUUGCGGCUGCCAUCCUUCUUCUCGUGUCCGCCACCCUUGGCUCUAAUGACAGAAGUCCAAUACCAGGGGACCCAUCUAGCCUAAACUCCUGGUUCCAAGCCAAUGUCAAGCCCUACGCAAAACGUGAAGGCACCCUAGACCCUUCCCUUGAAACUGCCGAGGCUAAACCAAGAACCAUUAAGGUUAGAAAAGAUGGAAAUGGUGAUUUCAAAACCUUGACGGAUGCCGUUAAAAGUAUUCCAUUGGGGAAUACUCAACGUGUAAUCGUCGACAUCGGUGCCGGGGUCUACAAUGAAAAAAUCCAAAUUGAGAAACAAAAGCCUUUUGUUACGUUUAAAGGAUCGGCUAGUAGCACGCCAACCUUGACAUUUGCUGGUACAGCUAGGGUAUUUGGAACUGUUUAUAGUGCCACUUUGCAAGUUGACUCUGAUUAUUUCGUAGCUUCUAAUAUCAUUAUUAAGAAUUCUGCGCCGAGGCCGAGUGGGAAAUUGAAAGAAGAACAGGCGGUUGCUUUGAGAAUUGGAGGAGACAAGGCUGCUUUCUAUAAUUGCAGACUUAUUGGAUUUCAAGACACAUUGUGCGAUGACAAGGGACGCCAUUUUUUCAAAAAUUGUUACAUUGAAGGCACUGUUGAUUUCAUUUUCGGAAGUGGAAGGUCCUUGUAUUUGGGAACGGAGAUAAAUGUGCUAGCAGACCAAGGAUUGGCAGUGAUAACUGCACAAGCAAGAUAUAGGGAAGAUGACAGUGGAUUUUCUUUUGUUCAUUGCAAAGUAAAUGGAAUUGGGAAGGGGGCAUUUUUGGGACGUGCAUGGACAGAAAGACCUAGGGUAGUGUUUGCUUUCACUACCAUGAGUAGUGUUGUCAAUCCUGCUGGAUGGUCCGAUAAUCUCCACCCUGAAAGAGACAGGAUGGUUUCAUUUGGAGAAUAUAAGUGCAAGGGACCAGGAUCUAACCCUAGUAGCCGUGUUAAAUUCAGCAAGCAGCUAACCCCUCAGCAAGCGAACGCCUUCAUUUCUCUUGCAUAUAUUGAGGGUUCCAAAUGGCUGCUUCCUCCUCCAAAUUAA